AGAGGUGGGGCUGCCACAGCCACAUCCCUCCCGCCUUCCCUCUGACCCGAGUUCACGCUGCUGCUGCUGCUGCUGCUUCGCCGGCGGCAGAGUCGUCCCUGUGCAGUGUAAUCCCGACAUCCUCGGAGCACCCAGCAGCUGUGGGCACUUGCAGCCCCCUCAGGAAUUCCUUUCUUUUUCUCCAAGUGGCUGACUACUGUUGUUUCAAGGCUGCUGUUUUCCAUCUCGUCACAGAAACACGGUAUCUUCUUGGAGUAUGGAAUCCAUAUGGAAACGAAGGUGGUAUCUUCAGCUGGGCUGUAUAUUGAUACUGAAUUUGGUUUAUGCCAAUCUAGACUAUCAAAAAGAGACUCCUCCAAGCCUGGGUCAGAUUGACCAUCAGUGCUGGGAGCUGUCGUCCCAUGGGCUUGUGGAAAUCAAGAAACUCAAGGUAGCAGAUACCGUCAUUGCUCUCUGGGACUUCAUGAUGUUCCUAAAGGAAUCCCCUAAGCCCAAGCACAAUGAACUCUUCAAUGAUUUAGCCCAGAACUUCUGGGAUAUGUAUGUAGACUGUGUGCUCUCAAGAUCCCAUGGAAUGGGCAGAAGACAAUUAAUGUCUCCCAAAUAUUCUUCCACAUACUCACAUAGAACUUUAGAAGGGUCUGCUUUCACCAACCCAUUUUAGUCCAAAAGGGGAGAAAAUGAAGAUACCUCAGCAAGGCAACAUCAAAAUGAAGAAGCACAAAAGCACAGCAUGUACUGUAGAUGCUUAGACAAAUCCAUUGGCAUGGUUCAACCUUUUUUUUCCCCUCUGUAUAAAGAAGUACUUAAUCUGCUGAACUGAUAAGUACAUGGGCUCCCAUACUGUCACUUUGGCUUUCCUGUCUUGCAGUCUACCAAGGUUGCCUUUUCCCCACUGCAUGUGUGAAUGCUUUUGUGUUUUGAGUCAACAUCUUUGUUCUCUCAGGUAAACUUGUAAGUCUG